CUAAACCCAAUGCGUCCCCCAACAACUCGCACCCCACCCGAAGCCUCCCUCGCUUCGUCAGUUUCUCGUCGCCGCCACCGCCACCGCCACUGCCACCGCCGCUUCGUUUCCUACUCCUCCUGCUUCCGCCUCGCCCUCCUCGAGAGCUCCCCGAAACCCACUCGUAGCCACUGGAAUCUCGCUUCCAUGCGCGGAUCCCGGUAGCUCCCCCCACCGACGCGCGAAGCUAGCGGUCUGCACCAUGGCGUCCGUGGCGGAGCUCAAGGAGAAGCACGCGGCGGCGACGGCCUCGGUGAACUCCCUGCGCGAGCGGCUCCGGCAGCGCCGGGAGAUGCUCCUCGACACCGACGUGGCUAGGUACUCCAAGGCGCAGGGGAGGGCGCCGGUGAGCUUCAACCCCACGGAUCUGGUGUGCUGCCGCACGCUACAGGGCCACAGCGGGAAGGUAUAUUCUCUGGAUUGGACUCCUGAAAAGAAUUGGAUAGUCAGCGCCUCACAAGAUGGAAGGCUAAUUGUAUGGAACGCAUUAACAAGCCAGAAAACACAUGCCAUAAAGCUACAUUGUCCAUGGGUGAUGACUUGUUCUUUUGCGCCUAAUGGCCAAUCUGUUGCCUGUGGUGGUCUUGAUAGCGCAUGCUCUAUUUUCAAUCUUAACUCACAAGCAGACAGAGAUGGGAACAUGCCAGUAUCAAGAAUUCUAACUGGACACAAGGGUUAUGUUUCGUCCUGUCAAUACGUCCCAGAUCAGGAAACCCGCCUUAUAACAAGCUCAGGAGACCAGACAUGUGUUCAGUGGGAUGUUACUACUGGCCAGAGGAUAUCAACAUUUGGAGGUGAAUUUCCAUCAGGGCAUACAGCCGAUGUUUUAAGCGUGUCCAUCAACUCAUCGAACACGAAUAUGUUCGUCUCUGGUUCAUGUGAUGCAACUGUGAAGCUGUGGGAUAUCAGAAUUGCAAGUCGGGCAGUUCGAACCUAUCAUGGACAUGAGGGUGACAUUAACAGUGUCAAGUUUUUCCCAGAUGGCCAUAGAUUUGGUACUGGCUCAGAUGAUGGCACAUGUAGAUUAUUUGACAUGAGAACCGGGCAUCAACUUCAGGUGUACAGUAGGGAGCCCGAUAGUAAUGAACUACCUAUUGUUACAUCUAUCGCAUUUUCGAUAUCAGGAAGGCUUCUUUUUUCUGGGUACUCCAAUGGUGACUGUUAUGUGUGGGACACACUGCUUGCUGAGGUGGUACUUAAUUUGGGAAACCUCCAAAACUCCCAUGAUGGUCGUAUAAGUUGCCUUGGGAUGUCAUCUGAUGGGAGUGCAUUGUGUACAGGAAGUUGGGACAAAAAUUUGAAGAUUUGGGCCUUCAGUGGAAACCGGAAAAUAGUUUGAAGGCCAAGUUUUCUCCCCGUGUUUUAUGUUCCUUAUUCCGCCUUAAGCAUGACGAUCAGCUCAACUGGUUCCUGGAAACUGCUUUAUUAUUUUCGUAGUAUAGAAGCUUGUGUAUCAUACCUUUAUGUUCAAUGGAAAGUGCAAUUUGUCAACAAGACACUGUGUGUUGUAUCUUGUUAAGUUAGUGACUGUCUAUAAUAUCAUUACCAGAAUAUCA